UUCUUUCUAUAUGAGCCAUUGAUUAUCUUCAUCAUUUUAGAGAGAUGUCAUCCUAUUUGCAUAACAAGGACCUGUCAUCUCGCACCAGGAAAUCUGUUUUGGAGUCACCAUCCUCCUCCCCAUCCUCCAGCAACAAAAGCUUCAAACAUGACAGAUUAUCUAGGGCUGAUGCCAGUGAAGUGGAAAGUGCUUCAGAAAGACUCGGUCCUUCAAGCUACUACACACAUAGAGAAUUGGAUUCUCUAAACAAGACAACAGAUUAUGCCAGCAAGGACUACAAGAAGCUGUAUGAGGAGGCACUGGCAGAGAAUGAAAAGCUCAAGGCUUGUUUGGAGGAUAGCAAGCAGGAUCUGACCAAAUUACGCUUGCAGAUGGACAAAGUCACACAGAAGCAGGACAGAAUAUCUGAGAGGUCCACUGUAUUUGAUUCAGAAAAAAUGGAAAAGCAGGUACUGGAGAAGAGGGUGUCAGAGAUGGAAGAAGAGAUGAAGGUUUUGACUGAGCUGAAGUCAGAUAACCAGCGCCUUAAGGAUGAAAAUGGAGCUUUAAUCAGAGUGAUCAGCAAACUUUCCAAAUGAAGCUACAGUAUGUGCACAAUCACACAAAGUAAAGAAAUUCACUGAUUUGAAAGCCUUCACUUGCUAUUGAUCCUCCCUUUCUGAAUAUUAAUGACCAAUCACACAACAGAUAAAUGAUUUGUGCUCUUGCCCAUUUCUCUGACUCUCUAAACUUGAAAGAUGUUUGUAGAAAGAUAAUG